GACAGUUUGUAGAUCGUUUGUUAGUGGAAUAAGUCGUUCAGAUUUCGUCUUUUUUUCGGGAAAAAUGGAACAAACUGGCCAGAAACUAUCAUAGAAAGAUUUGCACAUUGAUUAAUGCUUCGAUAUCUCAACAAAAGAGUGUCAUGCUCGAGUCGUAGACCGAAGAGUGGUCUUCAAAGCUCGAUCAAGUGGAAAACGGAUAGUAAUUUGAAAAGUCGAUUUCGGAUCAGUUUUGUCUGAUUUGCAGGAAGCUCAGACAAUCCGCUGGUGUCGAUUGACUAGAAUGGAUCUUAAUCCAGAGGCCACAAUGAAUGAAAAUUAGAAAAAGACGAAAUCUUCAGAAAUCGCGAAGCCUUGUUGACAUGGAGACGUUCACAGACAUAUUCUCUGAAAGGUAAUUAUAAGCUAUGGUUUCCUUCCAAAAAGGAUUUGCACGUGAUGGUACUAUACUUGUACCUCUCUUGCUUGUUUACAGUUGCUGAAGUUUUGAAAUUGAAUAAUUUUAAAGGGAAACAAUGUUUGUUUACAUUUCAUGCAUCGUAGGGACUUCCGCUUGUUUUACUUAUUCAUAUCUGUGGAAUGUUGAUGUGUUACGUGUAAAAGUUUUAGUAAGAACAUCAGUGACUCACUUAACUGUGCCCUAAGUGCCACUUUUUGAUUCUUACCACAUUUUGAUGUUAUCUGAUGAUUACUAGAGAGACGGACAGCUACAUGGAGUCUAUUCGUUAAAUACAUGUGGAUACCUUUAUUUCUCUUGAAUGUUAGGGUUAAUGCCUUAACUCUUUAACCUCUCAGAUUCACCAGCAUCUUAUUUCUCUAUACAAUACCUCCUAUGAAUCAAACAUGAAGGUCACAAGAAUAGAGGAAAUUAUCACCUACUAAAGCAGCUUUGACUGUUAAACAAAUUCUCCUUGUUAGCACAUAAGGAAAUGUAUAGAACAGUAUGGAGAAUAUGCAAAUGGAUGUUAGGAUGUAGAGAGUUAAACCCUGACCAUUUUGACAAAAAAAAAAAACUGUUAAUUUUGUAAUUUUUCCUUGAUACAAUUUGUAUAAAUUGUGUCAGUUUGACCUUAGAAAGCUGCAUGUAUCAUCCUAAGUCACCAGUGAGAGUCACUGGUGGACUGCCAAUAGUGUGUUAUUCACCCUUUACACCCUAACAUCAGUAUUCAUAUUCUCCAUACUGUUUUCUGUACAUAUAGUAAGGUGCUGACAAGGAGAAUUUGUUUAACAAUCAAGAGUUUCUUUAGUUGGUGAUCAUUUCUUUUAUUCUCAUGACAUUUAUGUGUGAUUCAGUGGUGAUAGUGUAAGGAGAAAUUAGAUGCUAGUCAUUCUUAGGAGUUAAAGAGUUCAACAAUUGCACAGAAAAAUUUCAGAGAAAUUUGUAUUGGUUAUGAAGAAAAGCCCCAGAAUAUCACUUAAGUUCUGAAAUGCCUAAAUUGUAUGCAUUGAAAAAAAAAAAUCACAGAUCUGUUAUAUUUUCCCUUUUCUAGCUAUUCCACUGCCAAAAUCUUAGACAUGCUUGUGAGAAAUUUGUGAGACUGUUGUAAACAAUUUCAUCAAUUGAAAUGUGCCAUUUGGUCAAAGUUGUUACCUUUCUAAGUUUUUGUCAAAUUUUUUAGUUUAACCCAGUCAAAUUUGGUAUUUUAGACAUUGUAUCCUUUUUUGAUACUUAAUCUUGUGUUUUAUGCAACCAAAUAUAUAUUUAUCAGCCUUUGCUUUUGUGGAUAUUUAAGAGCAAAUUAAAAAUAAUUGAAUUCAAAUCUACGCAACACAGUGUCAACUCAGAAACAUGACAUUUUGAGAGUGGAAUUUUACAAUGACAGUCAAACCUGAAUUUAGGGGCUCUGUAUUAAGGGGUCACCCUGUGUUAUGCAGUCAGUUGUCAAAGACCAGAAAUUUUUUCCGCCUCAUCACUAUGAUUUUCAACUCUAUUUAAAGCAGCCACAUCUAUUGAGUGGUCAUAGUCACCAUUUGCUAACUGUAUUGAACACUCAGUUGAAGAGCAACCACUCAAAUAAAGCUAAGAAUAAUCUUUUAAAAAAGAUAACAGUAAAAUUCAACUGAUGUUUAUCACCCAAAAUAAAUUUUAGUAGUAAUUCCGUUUAAGUAAGGUUUUGUAAAUACAGCAAAACUUGACUUUAUUAAAAAUUUACAUAUAAUCCUUUUCUGUGGAACCUUAUUAAGUGGUCACCCUAGAGAUUAGAGACAUUGCCUUUUACAUAGAAACAAUCUAAGCCCUGGGUCAGCAGCAAUUGUGAUCAUGUUCUCAUCUUACUUUAUAAUGUUAAAUGGUGUAAAGUGUUCUUGCAUAAUGAGCUACUAACAUUUGUAUAUUAUGUAAGCCUUGGGUUUAUCAGUAUGUAUACUGUUGUGUGUUUUACCCUCAGGGUCUGUAGAUACAGUUGACUAUUACAUACUGUCUAGCUAUUAUAUAUUUAACACUGAUAAUGAAGGCUUGAAACUACAGAAAUCUAGCUAUUGAAGAUGUAACAGGAUGAAGAGUAACAUGCGGUUAAUGCUGUGAAAGCCUAAUGAAUAAAGUGCAUUUACAAUGCACCACUUGGAUUACAUACAUUUGUGCAUUAUUUUAUACCCAAGCUGUAUUUCUGUAUUCAGUGUACUUAAUUCAAUCAAACAAUGACUCUAAUUUUUCUCAUUGGGGAAAGAUUGUUAAAAUUACAGUGUACAACUUACCCCAUCUGACCACUGUUGCUUGGUUUGACUCUCAUCUGAUUGAAUUUCAUAGCUUAGGAGCCUCUUCCGAGGACGACGUGGUGAUCGGCAGCUUGCAUCUUUUGAUACUUUUGAUGGAGAUAACAUUAUUCUGUUAGCUGUAUUUGUGAAGAAAAUGAAAUUAUAAAUUCUUGCUUGAAAAUUUCUUUCUUAAGGUCUAGUCCAUCAAUUUUGGUUGAGCCAGGUGUUUUAAUGUUUUGUUCCUAGUAGUAUUCUUUAUUGAAUCUAUGAAUAAUUUAUUUGCCUCAUUAAGAAGAACAAUGCAGCUUGUGCUAAAAUGUUAAGAAACACAACUUAUCUGGUGAAGGUUCAAAUGAAUUUCAGAACAAAAUGAUGUCAAAGAAAUUUUUUUCUUUCAUUUUCCUUGUUUCAUCUUUAACAGCAGAAUCUUUUUCGCAAAAAAAUAUACAAAUAAAAUUGGUGAGAUGAUUUUAACUUGAAUUCCAUUUUUAAGUAGAUGAUAUCUAGAAGGUGUCUGAAAGGCAUUGCAAAUUAGAGAAUUCUGUUCCUUCUACACAAAAAUCUCUGGGUUAAUUUUGGUUGUGAGUAAUUUUCUCUUCAGAUAUAGGGAUUAUUUUCCUUUCACUUUACAGCUUGUACCCUUGUACUCUUACUACAUUUUUUGAUGAAAGCCUGGUUUAACAACAGAGUGAUAAUUAACACAGUGUUGUUGGUUUUAAAUUGCUUACUAUAUGAUAUCAUCUAUGAUCAUCAUGAAUAUUUUUUAUAUCUUUCCAGAUCGGUAUAUGCUUUUACUGUUAUCAGGAAAGUCAGAGUAAAUUCUGAAAAUGAAUUUAUUUGGAAAGAUAUUUAUACAAAACUUUACAGUUCUUAAGAGCUUGCCCUGACUUGCAAUACCCACUGAUUCUUUCUCUUCCCUUUCACUCUUUUCCAAAUCGUCUUGUAAAUAUCAAUUCUCUUUAUUGUCUUCCAUAUAUUUUUUAUCAUUUCAGCUCUUUGAAUUUGUUGUUAAGUGAAAUGAUAUGUUUUAGCUUGAUGAUAAUUUUUACUUGUCCUGUUGCCUUAGUUUGUGCCUGUUAAUGUAUUGUGAAAUGAAGGGAGAAAUCAGUUUUGGAUUACUCCUGGGGGUGAAAGGGUCAUAUUAGAGAGAAACAGCUAUAAUUAAUGUACAAUUUUGUAAUUACUGACUAGCUGCAUUAUACAUGCCUUUUGAUUGGUUCUGAUGAUCUAAUAGAGGACAGACACAUAGAUCACAGCUGUGGGUCUGUACAGUAUUAGAUUACAAAAGAUGUCAAAAUGCAGUAGGAACAUGAUUGUAUAUCAAGUGACACACCUGGCUGCACCUCAUUUGCCACUUUUUUGCCCUGACCACAUUUUGACGUCGUCUGUGACCUAUUACUGAACAGAUAGAUAGCAACAAAGAAUCUGUUUGGUAAUUUAAUUACACAAGGAAUCUAUUGAGGAUGUUUUAAACAUUUUUUCAUAUAUAUAUAUUACUAGACAAAAUGGGUCCAUCUUUUAUAAAAAAAAAAGUUUAUUUAACCCUGUCUUGUUUGUUCUUGUUUAGCUUGAUCAGAAAAGGUUCUCUGACAUCAUGUGAGGAAGAACUGCGAGAGGUAAGAAGCAAUCAUCAUAAAGAGUGAUUAUUAGUAAUAAUGCUGUUAAAAACAUUUUUUAACACUAUUUAUAAAAUAUUAUUAGAUGUUUUUCACAGCUUUAUAAUUUGCUUCACAGCUUUUUGAAUUUUUUCAAUAUUUUUCAAUUCAUACAACAAUGUACAGAGAUGCAUGUACAUGUGAUGUGUAUACUUUGCCAAUUAUUUGAUAUUCUCAGCACAAAGCUUCAAAAGCUCCACUAUGGACAAUAUCUUUAAGUUUGGUGGUUGGAUGUACUGAAAAGGAAAUAUACAGCAUAGUAAUAUGUAUUGGUUUUUAAAUUCCACAUUUUCUUUGUAAACUUUUACUUACAACCACAAUUUUUAGUUUCUUUGGGGUACUUUUUCUCUUAUAAACAGCACACUUUAAAUAAAGUUAAGUAUUGUAAUCAAAAUACUAAUAACAAUUAUUGUCAGUAGAAUCACUAAAAUAUGAGAACAAGUAAAUUUUUUGAAAAAACUAGAAGAUUUUAAAUUACACAAACUAGCAAUCGAGUCUCUAUUGGUAUAAUCAUAGUGUCAUGAAAUAAUUAAUUUAUGACAAGCAAAAUGUAAUAACAGAGUGUUUGAGAUCAUGCUUGUGGCUUUGUCAAUUAACAGUUUCCUAUUUACAUAAUGAAAGAAAACCUUUGUAAUCAUUAAUAUUGAUUACAGUACUAAACAUUGUUCUACAAAGUACAUGUACUUGGUUUCCAUGAACUCUUAAAUCUCACUUACCCAGAGAUGCCCUCAAAGACACUACAGGUAAAAUGCUUUCACCUAUGGGAAGCAGUUACAUACAAUGAAAGUCCAUCAAAUUGUAUGCAUAUGCAGAUGUACCAGAUAUUUUCAUUCAAGAAGUUUUUUAUGGAAGAAUUCUUUCAAAAUAGAGUGAGAUUGCUUGUUGUAACUAUGAUGGAGGUCUUCUAAAAAAAAACCACUACAGUUUUAAUCUGCAAAAGAAUAACUAAUUCAUUAUAUAAUGCAGGUUAUAGGUUAGAUAUUUUCAAACUUGGGCAUUUCAAGGAUUCAAAUUUAUUGCUUUAAUAUUAUUUUUUUCAAGUAUCUUUUAAGAGAAGACAUGAAAGUUCAAAUCAUGUGUGUGUUGUAUACCAUACAUGUGUUGUUCAAAUUUUACCAGCUUGAAAGUUUUCAUUUCCUUUUUAUCAUAUUAUUUUGCAGGACAAAGGAAACUAACAAUCAAAAUGAUUUGAGAAAUUUAAACUUUGUAAAAAUUUGAACCGUAACAUGUAUAUCUUAUGAAAUCAAACAUGAGAUAUAUCCUGAAAGAUGAUCUACACAGGCCAUUUUUUUCCCCCAUUGACAAUGAUGAUGAUGCCAUCAUAUACUUUGCUUUGUUUUCAGUUAAUGCGGCAAAUUGAUCUAAUGGUAUCUGCUAAGAAAGCAGAAUGGGAGACUCAUGUGCAUGCUGUUCAAAUACAACUGGACAAGAAAACCAAAGAGGUGGAAUUUGUUAAAGUCCAAUUGGAGCAGAAGUGUCAGGAGGUCAGUGUGUUGUAUUGAUUAUUUUCUUCUUUUAUCAAUGAAAAUACUUCAUUUGUGAUGAAGGUGCAGCAAAAAAACAUACAACUACAGUACAUCUACCAUAAUGAUUUAAAUUUUUUUUUUAGAUCAUAGGACCUAGCAUUUUUCUCUGUAUAUAAAACUCACCUGUCUCUGGUAAUCAUUGUGAUGGAUUUUUAGGGGUGAGGCUUCCUGUAAGAGAGUUUCGUUCAUCUCAAAAUUCAUAAUGUAUUCAUGAUAUUUAGCAAUUUUUGCUGAAGGUGAAGUGAAUGUUGUUGAAUAAUCUCCAAUACAAAGUUGAGGGGAUUAUUCAACAAGGAGCCUGAGGCAAAUACCGGUAAUUGUUUUUUUUACAAUUGCUCAGACUCGUGGGUGCUUUCAAUUUUUUUUGUAAAUUCCAAUUCUGAUGUAAAUUCCUUUUGAUGUUAUAUGCAUGUAAUCUCAAGCAAAAGCUCAUUUAAAAAUUUUCUUUAGUGCAGAACUUAAUGCAAAUAGAUUAGUUUACAGAUAUGUUGUGUAUUUUUUAAAAUAGGUUAGAUAUUUUUAAAUUUUAAUUAGUUUUUAAGCUUUUUAUUCACUUGUAAACUAUAUUUUAACUUUUAAAUACACCACCAGAUCAGCUCAGCUGUAAUUUUUUUAUCAUGUUUAAAUAAAUGUUGUUGUUGUUGUUGUUGUUGUCUAAACCAUUCUGUUACAAUUGUUUUGAUUCCUCAUAUUGAGAUAAGCAGCACUUUUCACUAGAAUUUCACAGGUUUAUUCAAUUCAAUCUGCAAAAACUUCAUAUCUUUUGAAAAGUUUUACUCCAAACUUAGUAGCAUCUUUUGAACUCUUCAGAUUUGUAUUUUUGUACUAUUGCAUUUAUAAUUUUCUGCGUAAAAUUGACAAAAUGCAAGGCAGCCAUUUUGAAAUUUAGUGCCCCUGCUAUAAUUACCUUCAGCUAGGUGAUUAUUAAGCACAAUAAAACAUGAUCCUCAACCAAUCAGAGCGCGUGCAUCUCUAUAAUCACAGCAGAAAUUAUGCUUAAAUUAGUUCAUCAUUUCUGGAAGUUAAGGGUUAAAAUUUAAUGUUGACCAUACAUUUAUGGAUUUUGACAAACAGAUUGGUGGGCUUCAACAGAAAGUGGAUGAAAUGGACAUAACUCAAAGAGAUCUGGUGGCUGAGUACGAAGAACAUGUUAUGCAUCUCAAGCAAGAGGUAGGUGAAUGCCAAGGGCACCUGUGUAGUCAGCCAGAGGGGUCCUGGUGUGUUUGUGACCAUCCCUAUUUGACGUGAUCUAAAUGUUUUUCAAGUCAACAAAAUACAAACUUAAUAAUUUUAGUGGCAAAAGCAAAUUUCAAAAAUCCUAGCCCCACUCCUUGAAGAGUACUAUUAGAAAUUAAACUUCUGUUGACUUUUACACUCUAACAUUGAUAUUCAUAUUCUCCACACUAAGCUCUCUACAUUUCCUGUGGUAAUAGCAAGGAAAAUUUGUUUGAAAAUCUGGAGCUUCUUAGAUUAGUGAUCAUUUCCAUUUUUCAAGUAUGUCACCCAUACAUUCAGUUUGAGGGUGAUAUUGUAAGGAGAAAUAAGAAGCCAGUCGCUCCUUGGGGUUAAAAAGUUAAGGUCACACAGUAGUAAGGAGAAUAUAAACCCUGAACACUACCAUAGGUGUAUCAGCUGGGAGUUUUUUAUACCUUAAAACUUGCCUCGGUCUCAUCCAGGAAGGAAAGCUUGCACCACACUACUCACUGUGAUACUGCCUUUACUGACAGGAGGUUAGUUCUUGGGUUCUGUAAACUGCUGCUCAUAAGCCCCCUUCAUCUCCCCCCCCCCUUCCAAUUGCAGCAUGCAGAAGGGCAGAAGCCCCCUCCUGUUAUAGGCCCAUCUACUUGUCAACAUAAAAGAAUCAUAUUUUAAGCCCUUUCCCCGAACCACCCAACCCCCCCCUUCCGAUCUAAGCCCCCCUCAAGUUUUUUUAUUUUAAAAGAUUGAAACUAUACAUUACUUUUGAUUGUAUGAGGCGCCUUUAAUUUUUUCGUAACAUUUGGGUUUUAUUUGUAGCUUACUGUAAUUUUACCAAUUGCUUUAUCAGGUUGACAAUCUGAAAUAUGAACAUGAAAAACUUCAAAAGAAAAGCAACAAACAAACUUUGCAUGUUGAAAAGGAGAGAGACCAGGUAUAGUUUACAGUGAGGUCUGUGACAUAGCUUGGCUCUGUGUAUCCCUAUGGGUAGACAGUCCAUAUAAAACUAGGAGAAGUAAGAGAAUCUGUCAUGGGAGAACAUAAAUCUUCAGAAAUUUUCACUCUUAAACCCAUUACACCCUCAGUACAGUAUGCAUGUUCUCCAUGAGAACUUGUUUAGAAAUCAAGGGCUCUUUUAGUUGGCAAUCAUUUCCUAAACUCUCAUGGCCCUAAUGUGUGAGUCAGGGGUGAUAUUGUAAGGAGAAAUUAGAUGCUAGUCACUCUGAGGAGUCAAACAGUUUAACUAGUGUGACAAGAGGACAUUGAAAUGUUGUCCUCAAUCAGUAGUUUUAGUUCACUACUCAAUUACAGGUGUAUUUGUAGAUUUGGCCCCUAUUAACUUGAGUUCCAUAAAUUUUUUAAAACAAGAUGAAUGCCUGAAUGUUAGUUGCUAAGCCGUUAGUAACAUAACUUUAUAUUUACUUUAUGUGUAAUAGCUUUUAGCUGAUCUGAAGUCCAGAGAUUCUGAAAUGGAUAAACUGGAGGAAAGAUUAGAGGUAUUGUUGAAUAUUAAAUAACCCUUGGAAAAUUGAUGGAAAGAAAUACUGGAUGGGAUUUUUUUCCUUGUCCUAAUGUUCUCCUGUUUCCAAAAAUCCUAGAUAUCGAAAGCCUUGGGGACCAUAAGUAUGCCCACUACCCAUUCAUUGUCGCCUGUAUGAAGCUUAAGGUUCAUGGAAUCACGAUACAACAUUUUUUUGGGGGGGGGAGGGGGAGAGGGGCGGGGAAUAGGUUAACUUAACAAGGGCAAAAGAGAUAAAAUUGAAUCAAUAGGGGUUGAAAAGGUCAAUGUGUCAACGAUUUUGUUGCCGAUUGUAGACCAUAGAAAGAUAUCCUUAUGAUUUUGACUACAGGUAAAAUUUCCCACUGUAGGGAAAAAUUGUGAUUGACCCCUGUUCACCAUUAUGGCUUUCCAUACAUUUUAAUGCUGUUUGUAGACAUUGCUAUAAGGCCAGAUACGGGAAAACACAUAAUAAUCGUGUGCAUUACAAACUGUAGGAAUACAGAGCCGAGAUGCAUGAGUUGGAAGGUGGAAAGAAAGCAAGAGAUGAUCGCAUCCGAGGGCUGGAGAGUCAGAAGAAAGCUUUGAUCGAGAAGAGUGAUUUGAUGCAGGUGUGAAUUUGUGUACCACAUUAUCGAGGGUAGCGAAAAGGAAGAGAGGGGGGGCCCACCCUCAACACCCUGUAAUCCAGUUCAAUUGAAUGGUAUUUAGUGCACUGACGGGCAGGAAAAUUAGUCCCAAUAGGGUUACCGUAACAGUCAUACAAUUUUAAUUGAGAUAAGUCUUUUUCAACCGCUAUUUACUACCGUGGAUAUGAAUUAUCAUGUCGAUGUAUAAGUUGAUGACAUAAUUUAAAAAAAAAUUGUUUUGUGAAUUUUUUUUAGAUGACGUUUCCUCUUUACGAUUGACUGUGAAUACAUGAAAAUCACAUAUGUGAACUGCGGUUUUUAAGAAAUGAAUACGAAAGCGAUCUUCGCCGUAAUGAACUCUACUUAAGCAUUAAUAAAAAUGAGGCCUGAAAAAAAUUCAGGUCUGUACGGAAUUUUAACUCACGACCUCAGCGAUACCAGUGCAUUGCACUACCAAUUAUUACUAGCCAACAUAAUGAUCAGUUCCCAGGUGGCUUGUUAGCUCAGUUGGUAGAGCACUGCAUUCGUAUCGCAGAGGCCAUGGGUUUAAAUCCCGUAAAAAUUCAGGCCUUAUUUUCACUUUUGCUUAAGUAGUGUUCAUUACUGCGAAGUUCGCUUUCAUCUUCAUUUCUUUAAAGAUUUUUACGCAUAUGUUCAAUAAAUACUUUAGCAACAGUUACUAGGAUAUCAAGCACAGCUGAACAAGAGAAGACAGAUGAUGGAAGACCUUGAGCGUGACCAUCAACAAGAGAUGGCUGCGCUGCAUUCCCAGGUAUGUCAUGUAAACUGUUUAUCUUCUGCAUUUGAAUUCAUGUUAAGAGUAGAUUGGUGAAGACUCAACAAGGUGUUUUUCUCAAAAGAAUCUUUGCUGAUAUGUUCUUCAGAACUUAUUGGCUGAGAUGUUUUAGUGGUGUGUACUUCCGGUAGAGUAAAUUUUUGCAUGUACAGUACCGCUCGCGUGUACUGCAGUACUGCAGCAACCCCACGGGCGUAAAACGCGUGUAAUUCGUGAGAAUUGAAAGCGCGUGUAGUUACGCGCGUGUGGUAGAAAAAUUACACGCCUACAGAGGUACGCACGCAAAUGCGUGUAUUUUAAUUAUCUUUUUGUCAUUCACCGCACGUAUGUGCGUGUACACGAAAUAGAGAUGUGUACAUUAAUUUGUACUGCUGUUUGAUUUUAGCUUGGACGUGCUAAAGGUGAAUGUGACGAUUCUGAGGAUACUGUUCAGCAGUAAGUUUACUCUCUGUACUAUCUGUUAGUGAUUCUUCACCCCCCCCCCCGUUCCCUUCUCCCCUCCCCCACCCUUCGCGGGAGUCACGUCCAACAACUUGAAGCAAAAUUUUUUUUUUCCUUGUCAGGUUGAAGAGUUCAUUGGAGGAAGCUCUUGCAUCCAAUAGAGAGCAAGCCUCUGAUAUUGCCAAGGUGCAAGACGAACUCAGGAAGACAAGAUCAUCUCUUCAGGUAGUAUUAUUUCCCAGCUGCAUGGUGUUUACCUUCUUUCAACUCCUUCUUUUAAUAUUAACAUAUUACCCAGAAGAACAGGUUUUAUGAGGAGUCAGGCUUGUGAGCUUAGAAGGGUCGGUUUAAUAGAUGACUAAACACUCAGUACUCAUUCACAGGAAAGGCAUCGUGGCUUGAGGGGAGAAAUAACUAAUAAACUAAAAUUAAAGGUUAAGCCUUGGUCUCCCAAACGUCUUUAAUCAAUAUUUCCCGUUUUACUUUAUGCGCCACGUACAUAUGAGAAAUGAAUUCCGUUCUUUCUUUUUUUUUUUCGUAUUUUUAUUUCUCUCACAGCGUCUUGAGGAAGAAAAUGCCCAUCUACGGUUAGAGCUACAAUCAAGAGAUGAUCUCAUAAGAGUAGGUUUUUAUUUUUUAUUUAUUAUUGUAUUACUACUUAUUAUUAUUAUUAUUAUUAUUAUUAUUAUUAUUAUUAUUAUUGCUGCUUACAGAAGGUUGAGUAGGCAAGUUGAUAGUUGAUGCGGUGCAAGGAAUUUUUCGUAAGCCGAUUCCUCUUGCCUUGCGCUACGGCCUUUGUCUUUCAGUUAAAAGGAGACGAGGUUGUCAGUAGUCGAUUUGUUUAUGUACGUAUUGCAGACCUAUUUUUUUCCUCGACUUCAGGCAGCAGAGGACGACCAAAGGCAGCACUCAGAGGACAUGUCUAAAAUGGAAGGGAGUUUGAUAAUGAAAGAUGAGAUCAUCAGGUACAAUUCUACAGAAAUAGUUUCGAGAAAGGACAUAGCUCAUUGCUCCAGAGAAACACAGUCACUGAUACUUUUAUUGAUAUGCAGGAUGAGGAAGAAACCCGCCAAUCUAAAACGUAGUUUAUGAGCUAUCGAUAUCUUCGCCUCUUUCCAACUAUCAUGCAUAGAAAUUAUUGAGAGAGAGUAUUAAGAUGAAUCUAUUACAAGCUGAAAACUCAAAAACAAGACAUACUCUUGUAUUCGUGUUUAGUUUUGUUUAAGAUUGCAUAUUUUUAGGCUACUCACUGUCUAUCAGGGAAUAGAUACCGAGUUGCGUAGCCAAUCAAAUUCCAGAAAUCGCGAGAGUACGCGAAAAGAUUUAUACUGAUAGACAAGUUUAUGGUAUUUUGCAGAGUGGCAUAUGCCCAUCUCAAUUUUGAGCUACCGCAUGUACAGAAGUACAUGCAGCCAAUCGGAGACAGUCCACAACUUUUCACACUCUCCGCCGCUGUACCAAAUUUCCCUUGCAACGUCAAGUUCAUAAACUCAGAGAAAUUGUUAUGUAUCAAAUGUCUCCUGCCUUUUUCAAAACUUCGAUAAAUUUUUUUGGCAAAUAUCAUUUGAAGUAAAUCGAGAAUGACUCGCAUGGACAUUGACGUCUCAUUUUGUAUUUUUUGCAACAUUAUUUGUGCAGCCCGAACCAGUGAUGUUGAUAGCUAAUAUAGUUGGUAAACACCAACAGAUUCUUUGCGUUUCUUUCUGAUGGGAAAUGUCAUGCCAUUACAGUGUUGAAAGUCUGAGUAAGUUUUGUUUUCAUUGACUUUCAGACAACUUGAAGAGGUGGGCAAGCGAACAGAAAAUAUUGAGGUGAGGAGACUGAAGGAAGAUCUCAGAACAAGCAGGAUGGAAAUACAGUAAGUGAACUUCUAUUGACUUUCAAGACAUACGCCUUAUUCGAUUGUUUCACUUAUAUUACAAGUGGACCAGAAAAAGGGCUUCGAAACGAGCUAUUAAAGUGCAGAUUACUGGUUUUUGACCACGCUUUAAAACGUCACAACAAAUCAAAUUAAUUUCAAUUCAUUUGGAAUAGAAAUAAAACUAAUAACACAAGCAACAGUGGAACGUAGCAAAGCUGAAGUUCAGACUCUUCCCUUGAAGUUAAUUUUUGCUCUCCUGUUAAAAAAGUUUGAUGUCUAACUCACAGCAGAGUUCCUAUCUCUCAAAACAAGAAAAGUUAGAGAGGGCUUAUGAGGGGGGGGGGUGGGGGCUUAUCAAGUGGGGACAUAAAAGGGGGGCUUAUAAGUGGGGGGCAUAAAAGGGGAGUUAUGAGUGGGAGGCUUAUAAGCGGUAUUUUACAGUAUACACUCUAACUUUGCCGUUUUUUAAAAUUUCUUUUAAAAUUGUUUUUUGUUUAACACUGAUCUCAGGUCGCAUCUUGACGCCGGUCAAUAUCAGAAGGAUGAGCUGAGUCACCUUAAUCAAAAGUAAGGUUACAAAAAAAGGCAAACUUACGUUUCUUCUUACUUUUCUGUCAGUAUUUAUGUAAGAACUACGUAUGUUUCUUUUAACCAGACUGGAAAAUAGCAAGAAUGAAAUUUCAAAGCUACAAGCUGAACUCUGCAGGAAGGUACGGGAUUCUUUUGACGCUGUAAUUUAUGUUUACUUCUGUGUCAUGUUUUGGGAUAGGUCUUUGAGUCGAUGAGUUGGAUGUCUUGCUAAAGAAAUCUGGAGAGGUUAAAAAGCGAUUCAUUAACACCUUUGAACCCUUAGAUUGUCCGGAGUCUAAAUUUUCCUUUCAAUAUCACCCUUAAAUCACACAAGGAAAUGAUCACCGACGGAAGAAAUUACUCAUUAUGAAACAAAUUCCCCUUUUCAGCACAUUAGGAAAUGUAUAGAGAACAGUAUGGAGAAUAUGCAUACUGAUGUUAGAGGGUAAGGGGUUAAUACGGAUGCUUUCUUUUAAACUUAUAGCAAGAAGAGGUGAAAUUCAUUCAGGACAAUGACGUAAAACAGCUCCUUUUGGAAAAUUCAAAGGUAUGACAACCAGGCACUUAACAAAACUAGUGUGUACACAAGAUAAUUUAGUUUUAUCAGCUGAGCUGAUGGUGUAAAUUGGUCACCGUAAAGAGCUUCUAAAGCUGACAUUUCGAUCGUUUGUCCUUCGUCGGAUCAAGGGAAUAGUGAAAGGCUAACGGUGGCCAAUUUACUUUAUCAACUCAGUCGAUAAAACCAGAUUAUCUUGUAAACCCCACCGACGCAGCAGCAAAGUUUCUUAGACGUGAAUAGCAACUAAUUGGUAGCUUAUGAGAACCUUCUUUCGGCUACAUCCGUUGCGUGAGCGCGUCUAAAAAUAAUCAGCGAAAAAAAAUUAGGUUAGCGCACUGCCCCGCGCCGAGGCUACUUUUGAUGCGCCUCACUUCCAGGGCUUUACGCAACACGCGGACAUCAAUUAACAAAUUAACAAUUAACUCGCGAGACAGACUUCGCAAAAAAUAAGGGAUUGCUCGUAAUAUAACUGAUAAGUUUUAACUGGUACUGAAAAGAUUGAAAUAACCUUGCUUCUAACCUCCCUACGGUCAUCGAAGAGGAAAUUAUUUCGAUAACAAGGCGGCUUUCCAAAAAAAAAAAACUAAAGUGGUGGAGUUUAGUUUGACAGUUUGAAACUUUAACUCAUUUGAAUUGUAUUGUUUUGUUUUCUUUACUGACGAGCUCUAUAGAAGUAAACAAUGAAAAAUCUCCCGUUUGGCAGCGUUAUUCCAACAUCAAAACCAAUUUAAACCAACUGAAUGACACAAGGGCUUCUAGAAGUCUUUCUGUAAGUUUGUAAAACAAACCGCGAGUUGGAGUUGUCAGAUAACAAAAUCGCUUUAUCUGCUCUAGAAAACGAAAAUACUGAGUAGGCCCUUUCCCAUUUCGGUUUCUUUGUUAUCGAAUUAGUCAAAUAACGAAAGUUCUGGCUAAUUGUAACUCACGAGAAAUACUUAAUACAAUCUUCAGCUGAAAGAGAGAAUUUCAUCAGGAGACGACGGUCAUCAGGCUGAAGUGGAGGGAAUGAAGGAACAGAUUGCCAACAUGACUGCUGAACUCCACAAAAGGUACCUUUUGCUUGUAUUGAUUUCUUCUCAAUUCCGUUGUUCGUUUUUGUAGUAAUAAUUUACCUGAAAAAAAUUGUGCGCUUCUGAUUGGCUGAAAACGAGUGCGUUUUUCAUGUAAAACAAGUGCAAAGUUCUACCACAAGUGCAAAUUACAAAUAGCACGCGCGUACAGUCAUAGGUAUAUCAGAGAGAAAACUUGCUUUUUUUUAAACUUUGCUUUACAGAUUUCAGUUUCUUACGAUAAAUUUUAUUUAUUAUUCAUGGGAAAAGGUCCAACAACGGAAGGGCGUAACAACAGAAUGGGGGGGGGGUUUGGAAGGCUACCGUUGUUUACCUUCCACUUUGCCAAUAAAAAGUUAAUUAGAUUAAUAAAUAAUAAUAAUACAAUCUCGUAGGCCAGUAAUGUGAUAGUGAAGUGCCCCGAUUUCCCUGCCCCCCAGCCCGCACUCAUUUCUGAUAAUAUCUUGCAUAACUCUCCUCUCCCCACUUCCCAAAUGCAUGGCUUUCUAACAACGAUGAUGAUGACCAACGUGUUUUGCCGCCCCUGAAAUAAAAUAUCCUUCUUGCAGAUGCCUUGCAGCCUUCUUGUGGUUUAUGUCAAUUUGUUUAUUCUUAGGGACUCUGCAAUGGCAUCCAUUACGGAACGGGCUCAACGAAUGGAAAAAGAUCUUCGAGAAACCGCAGCUAAACACGACAGAGCAGCUGCUGAACUACAGGUAAGCUUUGUGCAUUAGCGUGUUUGUGGUGUGCACGUGAAGUGCACGUGGGGUGCACGUGGAGUGCACGUGGAGUGCGUGCCCACGAAAGCCAGUGGAGUAGGACAGACUCUAAUCGCAACAUACUGCUCUGUUGUGCAACAGUUCGUUUGCUUCGCUAUUUAAUUACGGGCUUUCAUCAACAUUUCUUCUGUAUUUCUUAGGUUACGAACGCGCAGCUAGAAGCUUUGCGAAUUGAAAACAGACAUUUGCGCGACACUGCACUUAAUGAUCAGUUAACGGUGACUCAACAAUGUUUUCUUACAUGUAAACCGGAGAAUUUCUUUAAAUCCUUUCUCUGAAUUGUCAUUUAUUAAAUGUAGACUCUGUAGAGUGUAAUACAGACUUAUUCAAAUAUUCAAACCGUAUGAUGCGAUCGUUGCAUUUGGUUGUUAUAGGAUUUAUCUGACCUUUACAGUGGCAAUCUGCAGCUCAUUGGCCAACUUGAGGUGAGAUAAUUUGGUUUUAUCUUAAUUAAUCACCGUUAACUCAAACCAGUUUCCCUGUAUCUCGUCCAAAUACACCGAGCGUAGACCAUUGAAACCUCCGUGGCUACUCCUCUCUCCCGUUUUUGUGUUUAGGACGAUAACAGAAACUUACGUACAGAGGUAGCCACGCUCCGCGAAGAGCUAACAACUUUGGAGGCUAAAUAUCAAGACAAGUAUCGGAACGCUUUGAAAAAGAAUCAAGAUGUACUGGCGGACAUCAAGGAUAACGAGUUCAGGUGAGGAAGACUUUCCGUGGUAAGAGUAAUAGCAUGUGCUGAGUAAGGUCAUUGGUUGAAAGGAAACGGUGUGUAGCAUGAAAUUUUGCGGGUUUUUUUGUUUGUUUGUUUGUAUUUUUUUUUGCGGAUGUUGCAACCCGCACAGAUAAGUUCCUGCAGAAAGGAAAAAAUCACGCCGCAUAAAUUCGCUUCUCUCAGUCACGCUAAUUAAAUGUCAACUUGUAAUCUUCGUGGUUAGAAUUGUCUCUCGAAACAAUGCUGUUCUUUUUGUAACAAGACUUGGUUUGUUUGUGCGAGAAAGGGGUAAGUAAGAGCAGACGAGGUGACAUGACGACGAAAAGAUGAACAUCGCACAAUUGUAGUCUUUUCACUUAAGUGUCUCAUUUGCUAUGUAGCUAAUCAGAUAGUCGGUUUGCCAGAAAGUGUCAAGUGUAUAGUAACUCCAUUUUCCUUUCUAACAGACGCCAUAGCGAGCUGCGGUCAGAGUCUGAGCGUAAAGUGGCAUCUUUAGAGGGUCGCCUUGAAGCUACGAUAAGAAAAUAUGAAACGCAACUACACAGUUUGCAAAUGGAAAACGAACGACUGAAAAGUGAGGCAUCGGAGCAUCGAGACAGUGGUAACGAUUUCUUUUCAAAUAAACUUCAUUAUGUUGAAAACCUGUGCUUGAUUUAUGAAGGCACGUUUCGUUGCUUAUGUCGUCCUGUGCUAUUGACUUUGCUUCUUUGGGAAAAAAGUGUAGAAAUAACCCAUGUGCUUACUGCUUAUCCUCUCUUCCUCUAGUUUCUACUCUCAGUUCAUCUUAAAGAUUUGUUUGGCACUUGUGAAUGGUCCUUAAUUCAAUCCUUUCAGGUGUACCACAUCCUUUAAUGUCCUCAACCAGCAAGGUCCUCCCUGAAUAUGUCCCUAGAAGGCCCGUUGAUUUAAGUCACACUAGCACCACAAGCGGUUACACAGACACCGAAGCGUUGACGUACGCUGACCUAACUGCAGGCCCAGGUCCUUCAGAUACCGAGGUAUUUAAGGAAAAAUGAAUUAUGGGAGUUAAACAGAGAGUGAAAAUUGUAAACGGUUUUUAUUUUUUCGUAAAGGAUAGUUUAUUUAAAAAUUCAGCAUGCUUUUUAUUCUGGCCACCUUUCUUUAUUCUGUGGUCAUUCUUAAAUGAUUGCUAGAAAAUUUAGUCAGGCUGUUUUUUAAUCCUUCAAUUAACUGUUAAGAUAUGUUUUGUAAUUCUACCCCAGACUGAUAGUUAUUUCCCUGUAAAUAAGUUAGGAGAAUUUAAUGUCUUAUCAGGAUAAUGCCUUCUAACUAAUGAGUUCGUCUAUUCCUCCAAAUGUUUUGCUAGAUGCUCUAUAGAUGUUGAAUUUGAAUCUGUGAAUUUUCAUGUCGAUCACUUCUCGUAGCCAUCAAGGCUUGAUAACGUACGAGUCCUGCAUACAAAAUUCAGCUCAUUCUAUUUUUUCAUUGUUCGCCUGUCAUCUUUUUCCCUCAGCGUGCGGCCACCCCGGUUGGUGCCAGGCGAUCCUCUAUUACAUCGGAUUUCUUGGCGGAGGAAAAUCGGCGGGAAAAAGAACUGGAACGAAUUCUGGACAGACGAAUAGCGGACUUGAAAACAAACACAGAAUAUAUUCUACAGAAAUACACGUGACAGUGGAAGGCAUCGAGUCAUCAGGUAGCUGUUCUAGGCUUCAAGAACGAAAAAGGGAAAAUUCUUGUGAUGAAUUUUUAGAAAUGAUAUGAGCAUCAAACGUUUUGAGUUUUGCAUGAAAAGGCACGUACACGGAUUGAAUGGAGAAAAAGGAAAAAAUCAGCGUUGUCUGGAUGUGUUUCAUGCACCGCUUUGGAGAUUCAAAAACGCUCACUUUCGAAAUGAAGUUGUGUGCAAAUUGUUUUGUUUUUCUUUUUCCUUCGUAAUAACCUAAUCUAUCGCAAGAUUAUCCCUCAGCAUUUCAUAAGGCUUCCCCAACAGUUAGCCAGUACCCAUUUAUACUCCUGGGUGGAGAGAGGCACUUUAAUAGGAAAGUGUUGUGCCUAAGAACACAACACGGUGAACCGGCCUGGUCUCGAACCCAGACCUCUCGACCCGGAGUCCACUGCGUCUCCUAGAGAAAUUGUUUAGCCUGCAGUUAUGGUUUCUCGUUCGAUUACUUAACCUGUUCUGUAGUUUACAUGAUGGCCUUCUCUAAAAUUCCAAGCCAGAUUUUCUAGGAAGAUAGCCGAGCACUCUGCUCUUUCCAAAAUGGGUUUUUUUUCGACAAAUGAAAAAUUGCGUGUAACAUUUAGUCCAGUCCUAAGAGAACCCCAAUAUUCUGAUCAGGUUUCUUCCAUUGAAGUUUUACACAAUUUCACCAAUGCCAGUCCAGAAAAUCUUGGCCUAUGUUGAGAUAAUUCGCAUCAGCUGAUAGUUUCUCAAUUCUCAUAACCUGUUUGCUUGUCAAUGUAUACAUAUUGCAAGGAGAAGAUACAUGUUCAUCUCUUUAGGGAGGCAAAGGGAUAGAGAUAUGUUUGGAAUGGCUCAGACGGGGAUGCAAAAAUAAUCAUAUCAACGAGAGUUCAUUUUUCGCCAUUGCAUUCAACUUCUUUAAUGAUUUCUCUUUGCGGAAGUGUUUGUCAUAUACAUACAUAGCAUGAAAAAAUUAAUAUAUUUCUAGGUUUAAAGAUAUUUUUAAGUUAUUUUUUUCAUAAUUUGUGCAAUUUCUAGGCAUUUUUAGUCAAGUUCUAGGUUUCUAUUUAUUUAUAUAUCUAUUCAUCCCCCAGUUUAGCUUGUUGUAACCGCUGUUUCCGAGACUAUGAGUAGUCCCUGCUUUGCGGCACGAAAAGUGAUGCACCUCACUCACAGAGUUCCGCAGGACGCGCUGAGGCCAUUUUUUCCACUUUUUUUCUGACUCGCUUGACGGACUUUGCCGGAAAUAAGGGACGGCUCGUAGUCUACUAGCUUUCUACUUGUAGCUUCAAAUGCUCUAUCUCGUAUCCAUUUUCUGGCAACAAGUUGUAGUGUUUUCGUAUUGGUGUUUAAUUCAUUCUUGACUGAAAAGUUUGUUUUAAUUCUGACUAUGGUACGCCAUACGUCAUUAAAUAACUGCGGGUUUUUUAUUCAGCAGCAUUAAAAUUUCCGAAUGUUUGAAAAUGAUCUCAUCGAGGUCUCAUCAUGACAGAACGGAAUAUGAGGUGGAAUUAAAACCUUUAACUCCCAAGAUCUGAUUGUUGAUUCUCCCCUCUAUCUGUUACAGAUUUCCUUAAAAUUUAGUAACGUGAAUUUGGUGCUAGAUCAAGAUAACAUAUUUUAGCUGAUAAGUAUGAGUGUUCUCAUUGUCUGUUUGCAGGAUUAUGUAAGAAUAUUUAUGGGAGGAGCUUGCAUGUCAAUCGCUUCUGGGAGUUGAAGGGUUAAUUGACAACACGAAAACUUUAAGUAUCUGGGCAUUCUUAAAUGAGAAUAAACGAAUAGAGAUAUGGCUGUGGUCUACUUAUUGUUUUAGCUGUAGGAUUAUUAAGUCCAACCCAACUGUGAUGAUCACUUUCCCCUACGUUGCUCAGUCACCACCACCGACGAUAGUCCCUGUAAGGACUGCCCUCAUCCGGACGAUCAGAUUACACGAUCAAAUGUACCCCCUCCCCGGUUGAAUAAUCUAUCGUUUAUACUUAUGACUUUUCUUAACAAUGGCAGCCAGUGUAAAUGUAAUUUUUUAUUCCUUUGUUAUCGACG